AUGGAUACCGAGAAGACAAACUCUCACGAUGGCGAAGCUUUGCGUAACAGCGUAGGGCCUGACGCGACGGGACCGCAUGGCAUAAACCUAUCUCCGCAGAACAGUCAUGAUGCAUCGCCUAAACCCAUCGUCGAAACCGACCACCGGGAUGAAGAUGAACAACCGAAGCUGGAAAAGGAGGAUGGGAGCAAAGAGGCAUCGCCAACCGCAAGCUCCAACACCUCAAUAUCAAAGACGAUUGUGUCCUUCGGAGAAGGCGACUUAGACAAUCCGCACAACUGGACCCAGUGGAGAAAGUCGUACACAGUAAUCGUAGCUAUCUUUACCGUCAUCAACAGUACGAUUGGCAGCUCUAUUGCCGCCGGAGCCACCGAACCUUUGUCGGCAUACUUCCACGUUUCUGAUCAAGCGCAGCUGGUCCUGCCCACAUCCAUAUUCCUGGUCGGCUACACCGUGGGCCCGCUAGUGUGGGGACCGUUGAGUGAAUCUUAUGGCAGGAGAGGCGUCAUGUUUUACGCCUUCUUCGGGUUCACUAUAUUUACUCUGGCCUGUGCAUUGGCUCCUACUUGGGUUGGCCUCAUCAUCUUUCGGCUACUGGCUGGAGUCUUCGCUUCGUGUCCAAUAGCGGUGGUCGGCGGCAUCUGCGCCGAUGUAUACGAUGAUCCAACUACAAGAGGCCGCGCAAUGUCUAUCUUCAUGGCUGCGACUACCUGGGGUCCUAUCAUUGGUCCAGCGAUAUCGGGUUUUGUCUCGGUCAUCACCUGGCGCUGGGCCUUCUGGGUCGGCUUGAUCAUCGCCGGGGCGACAUGGCUACCUCUAGCCUUCAUGCCCGAGACCUACGCGCCGAUCAUUCUGAAGAAGCGCGCAAAAAAAGCACGAAAGCAACUCGGCGAUCCCAACGUCUUCGCACCGAUCGAGCUGGAAGAGAGAAACAUUCGACACACCAUAACGGUCGUCUUGACGCGGCCGGUUCGCAUGUUCUUCUUCGAACCAAUCGUCCUCUUCUCCUGCCUCUACCUCUCCCUCGCCUACGCAAUCUUCUACAUCUUCUUCCAAUCCUUCCCCAUCAUCUACGGCGGCAUCUACGGCUUCAACGCCGGCGAGCAAGGCCUCGCCUUUCUGCCCAUCGGCGUCGGUGCUAUUAUAGCCUGCUGCAUAUACCUGCUGUGGGACUCCAUCCUCACGCGCGCUCACAACCGCGACGCGCCGUGGUCCCGCUCCGAAGAGUCGCGCCGCCUACCGCUCGCGUGUCUCGCGGGCCCGUUCAUCGUCGUGAGCCUCUUCUGGGCGGGCUGGACGGCGAAGGAGGGCAUUCACUGGAUCGUGCCCGUGCUGUCGGGCAUCACCUUCGGAGUGGGCUUUUUACUCAUCUUCAUGGCGCUGCUGAACUACAUCGUCGAUGCGUACGAGAUUUUUGCGGCGAGCGCCAUGGCGGCCGCGAGCACGAGCCGGAGCGUGUUCGGCGCGGUACUGCCAUUUGCGGCGAGGCCUAUGUAUAGAAGCCUCGGCGUGCCGUGGGCGUGUAGUUUGCUGGGGUUUCUGAGCCUCGCGAUGUGUGUCAUUCCGUUUGUGUUUAUCAAGUAUGGGGAUAAGAUCAGAGCGAAUAGUAAGUUUUGUCAGUACCUGCUGCAGAAGAAAAGAGAGGAGGAAGAAAAGAGGCAGAGGGAGGCGUCAGAAGGCUCGCCAGAGAGGCAGGUUUGA